AUGGCUUAUUUAGAAGCAAUUAACUAUGUUCAUCGUGAUUUAGCAUGUCGAAAUAUUCUUCUCGAUCCACAUGAAAAUAUUGUAAAAAUUGCUGAUCUUGGAUUAUCAACGAUGAUUCCUUCAACUAGUCCAGAUCAACAUCAAGCAGCUGCGAAUAAUAUUUAUCUCUUGUUGGAUGUAUGGUCAUUUGGUAUUCUUUUAAUAGAGAUUUGGUUGAAAGAUGGAGAACCUUAUGAGAACAAGCAUCAAGAAUGGAUUAAAUCUGCUGUUCGUGAUGGAUGUGCCCAUGAAAGACCAUCUACUUGUCCCGUUGAUUUCUACGACGAUGUAAUACGUCGAUGUCUUACAUUUCACGCAAACGAUCGACCAACUUUUAAAUUUUUGAAUCAACGUUUAUCUCUGAAAAACAUACGAUUAUUAGAGAUUGAUAAAAGUAACUAA